GUGGGGUCCAGGUGCAGAGGGUGGAGGCUUCCUGAUCCCAGGGCUGAAGGAUGGCUGCCUUCGCCCGCCUGCUGGAGCGUCUCCUCUGGCCAGCCUCUAAAAAACAGGAGUCAGAAGAGGAAGAGGAGGAGGGGCACGGGACUCACCACCGGCCUCAGUCGCUCCUGGACGCGCCGCGAUGCGUCCAGCGGCCGCACGGGGGUGCGGCCGCCUCUUGCGGCCUGAGCUUCGGGGCGAGUGCUGUGCAAGGCUGGCGCGCGCACAUGGAGGAUGCGCACUGCGUUUGGCUCGCGCUGCCCGGGCUACCGCCAGGCUGGGCAUUCUUUGCGGUCCUCGACGGCCACGGCGGGGCGCGAGCUGCCCUCUUCGGCGCGCGCCACUUGCCGGACCACGUGCUCGAGGCACUGGGCCCGGCGCCUGGCGAACCCGAGGGAGUGCGCGGGGCGCUACGCCAAGCCUUCCUGAGCGCAGACGCACGGCUGCGUGCGCUCUGGCCUCGGGGCGAGCCGGGGGGCUCCACCGCCUUGGCGUUGCUAGUCUCCCCGCGUUUUCUGUACCUGGCGCACUGCGGUGACUCCCGAGCGAUGCUGAGUCGCGCCGGCGCCAUGGCCUUCAGCACCGAGGACCAUCGGCCCCUCCGGCCCCGGGAACGGGAGCGCAUCCAUAACGCGGGAGGCACCAUCUACCGCCGGCGCCUCGAAGGCUCUCUGGCAAUAUCCCGAGCGCUGGGCGACUUUGCUUACAAAGAGGCUCCGGGAAGGCCCCCUGAGUUGCAGCGCGUUUCCGCGGAGCCUGAGGUGACCGCCCUGGCUCGCCAGGCUGAGGACGAGUUCGUGCUAUUGGCCUCUGACGGCGUGUGGGACGCGAUGUCUGGCGCUGCCCUGGCGGGACUGGUGGCGUCGCGCCUCUGCUUAGGCCUGGCCCCGGAGCUUCUCUGCGCGCAGCUAUUGGACACGUGUCUGUGCAAGGGCAGCCGGGACAACAUGACCUGCAUCCUGGUCUGCUUUCCUGGGGCCCCAAGGCCUUGUGAGGAGGCGAUCAGGAAGGAGCUGGCGCUGGACGCAGCCCUGGGCCGCAGGGUCGCCGAGCUGUGUUCUUCUGCUCAGGAGCCCCCCAGCCUGAACACGGUUUUCUGGACUCUAGCCUCAGAGGACAUCCCAGACUUACCUCCUGGGGGAGGGCUGUACUGCAAGGCCACGGUCAUUGCUGAAGCUUAUUCUCAGCUCCGCCAAGCCUCAGGACGCCGCUGGUAGAAGGGCCCACAUGGGGCAGGAAAACCCACUAGCACCCUUUCGGACUCUUCCUCGGACUCGGAGGCCUGACAGCUGUUGCCCUUUGGGGACCCUCUGCCCAGCCGGGGCCUCAAAGGAACUAAGAAAGAAAACUCUCCUUCCCCAGCUACACAGACCAGCGGAAGGAAGACAAACGGAGGGAGGAACCCCAGAAUGCUUAUUUCCCCUUCUCCUACUUCCCUCUCACAGAAAGUCUUAAGAGAGGGGAAAUUCCAACCACCCUCUGAACUGAA